AUGAGUGCCCCCAACAUGACCCGCAACAUUUCAUAUGGCCGAGGAGGCGCCGGUAAGUCCAAUUAUCCCCGCGGUGAAAUCUUUCUCAGUCUGUGGCGCGCGCGCGCGCCGCAAGUGCCGGCCCGGAUUGCUGAGCUGAGUUGCGCUGACCCGCCGGACCUGGGAAUUUCUCGUCGAGCAGGCAACAUUGCACCGCAACAGCGACCCGCGACGCCCAAAGAUCUGGUGACGCCGACGAUCAAACAGGAGGUGUAUACCACCGGUCGUGGAGGAUCCGGAAAUAUGGUCCAGAAUGAUCCGCAACACCCUGAGCUCGCUCGCGAAAGCCAAGAUGUCGAGUCGCCGCCAUUACGCGCGGAGCAAUUCCCCCACCACACGGGCCGAGGUGGUGCAGCGAAUGCCUACAUCCCCACGCCCGAAGAGGAGCAGUCGGCGCGAAAGGAGGAAGCUGAGCUGGUGCGAGUGCGCACGCAAUCUCGGGACCGUCUCAAGGAGAUGGAACUCAAGCGACAGGAAGAACGUCGAGGAUCGCCUUCAUCCGCCUAG